AUGGCUCCCGACCUCAACUCUCUCCCCUCCUCGCCUCUGGCACAGCCAAGCGGCAGGCCUACCAAUGGCAACGGUCAUGCUGCGGCGCCGGCUCCGGCCCCUGCUCAGCAGCCCAACAUUCUUUUCAUCAUGGCCGACCAACUGGCCGCGCCUCAGCUCAAGAUGUACAACCCGGAGUCUCAGAUCAAGACCCCGAACCUGGACGGCCUUGCGGCCCAGUCUGUACAGUUUGACUCAGCCUACUGCCCUUCACCACUCUGCGCGCCCUCCCGUAUGAGUCUUAUCACGGGUCUUCUGCCCAUGAAGAUCGGCGCAUACGACAACGCCGCCCAAAUUUCGAGUGACAUUCCCACAUACGCUCAUUACUUGCGUCUGAAGGGCUACCAGACAGCACUGGCCGGCAAAAUGCAUUUCAUUGGAGAUCAAUUGCAUGGCUAUGAGACUCGCCUGACCAGCGACAUCUACCCUGGCGACUUUGGCUGGGCCGUCAACUGGGACGAGCCAGACACCAGACUUGAAUGGUACCACAACUCCAGCUCAAUUCUUCAGGCUGGCCCCUGCGUGCGAAGCAACCAGUUGGACUACGACGAGGAGGUCAUGUACAAGUCCACCCAAUUCCUCUACGACCACAUCCGCGAAGGCCCUGAGAAACGCCCCUUCGCCCUGACUGUCUCUCUUACUCACCCUCACGACCCUUACACCAUCGAGGACAAGUACUGGGACAUGUACGAGGACGUCGACAUCACCCUGCCCAAGGUGCGCAUUCCCAAGGAGGAGCAGGACCCUCAUAGCAAGCGUCUCAUGAAGGUCUGCGAUCUCUGGGACUACGACUUCACGGAUGAGCAGAUCAAGAGAGCUCGUCGCGCUUAUUAUGGUGCCGUCAGUUAUGUGGAUGACUGCGUUGGCAGGCUUCUUUCCGUACUGAAGAAGAGCGGUCUUGCGGACAACACCAUUGUCAUCUUCAGCGGUGACCAUGGAGACAUGCUCGGUGAGCGCGGUCUGUGGUACAAGAUGAGCUACUUUGAGUCGUCCGUUCGAGUGCCUCUCUUCGUCCACUACCCCAAGCAGUUCGAGCCUCACCGCGUUACUCAGAACGUCAGUACUCUGGACAUUCUUCCAACCUUGUGCGACUUGGUCGGCACGAAGCCAGCAUCAUUCCUACCCAUGGAUGGCGUGUCGUUGCUUCCCCAUCUCGAGGGCAAGGAGGGUCACGAUAAGGUUUACGCCGAGUACACGGGUGAGGGCACUGUUAGCCCGCUCAUGAUGAUUCGGGAGGGGCCUUGGAAGUUCAUCCACUGCCCAGCGGAUGGCACCCAGCUUUUCAAUCUCGAGCAUGAUCCACUGGAGCUUGUCAACUUGGCUUCUAGCAAGGCCGCGAAGGCCAUUGAAGCAGAGGCCAAGGCCAAGUUGGAGGAGUACACGGCCGAGAGCAAGCGCAAGUGGGACUUUGACGCUAUCACGCAGGAGGUCUUGACGUCUCAGCGUAGGCGCAAACUGGUGUGGGGAUCUCUCACCAAGGGCGCCUUCACCAGCUGGGACUUCAACCCCGAAGACGACGGCAGAAUGAAGUACAUCCGCUCCCAAAUCCCUCUCGACGAACUUGAACGCCGCGCUCGUUUCCCGGCCGUUGAUAAGUAUGGCCGGGAAAUCGACACAGCUGUCAUCGGGAAGCGUGUUCUAGUCGACCAAGCAGGAUCUCACGGCCAGUAG